AUGGCCAAAAAUAACCACAUUUCUGCCAGUGGUAACAGUACCUCUGGAGACCAUCGUCUUAAAGAGGAGGUUCUGACCCCAACUACAUCUGCCUCGACUCCUCAUAGAAUAUUUAGCGUGGACGAUGAUCCAAAGGAGAUCCAAAACGAUAUCAGGUAUCUUGAGGGUCUACAUGAAGGGUUGAAGUUCGCCCUGCAUGCCAAUAAAUCCAAGCGAUCUGUGAGCUCGCAAUCACCAAUCGUACAUAGCAGCAACAACACGCUGCACCACCACGAGCACCAACAACACUUGCCGCCCACACUAGAGUCGCUAUCCUCCAAGUCGCACUCUGUGCCAGACUUAAAUACAGCUACUCCCAGCUCUCCAAAACGAAUGCAUUCAUCUAUCCGGGAAUUACCUCAUGAUGACAAUGAUGACGAGGACGCCAAUGAUGAUAGUCGGUUCAUUAUACACGACUCGCACGGCCAUGAUUUACUUAUAGACGAGAUCAAUUGCCAGUCGCCUUCACACUUGGAAAACAAUGAUCAGGCGUCUAAUGCUUCGUCCACAGAGUCAUUCACUUUACGAGAAAGACAGGACGCCAUCAACGAGACCCACCCCUUCGGUAUCAGGAUAUGGAAGCCUGCUUUAUAUAAGAAACACCGUUCAGUUCAAAGAACCGCGGCGCAAGACAUUCACGAGACUCAGUUGAAGACUAUUACCUGGGAGGUGACUUGUUCCAAUGUGCUAUGGUUUAUUUUGUUCGGUUUCCCCAUUGCGAUACUCUUCUACUCGGCGGCUAUUGUGGUAUUUUUACUAGGCGGCGGAGGACUGGUAACGAACUCUGCGAAGGAGUACUCCAAGUGUCUGUAUAAACUCGCCAAUUAUUUCCUUUGGCCUUUUGGCAAAAUGGUAUACUUGUUGCAGGACGAGCAAUAUUUACAAGAAGAUAAGGAUGAAGGUAUUAGUAUGCAGCAAUUCUACAAUUGGGUGACUUCAUACUCCAACAGGCUGGUCUUCCACCAGUCUCAGGCCAAGUUUCAGCAAAGAGAGGACCAUCCGGCCCCUGCAACGGAAUCUUCGUCUUUGAUGCCGCCCGCUAACACAACAGCAACACCGCUUAACUCGAACCAUCCAUCAUAUAAUUCUAUUAGACACGAAAUUCCGCACGCAGCGGCUCAAAGACGGUACUUUGGGAGAGGAAAAUGGAGCUGGGGUCGUGUUCUUUUCUAUACAAUCUUCCAUCUCGUCUUGCAACCCAUCCUUGCCGUCUUAUCUCUUUGCCUCUGGCUCCUGGUGUUUACCAUUCCCAUGAGUAAUGUUCUUUGGCAAAUUAUGUAUCAUUGCAGAAGGCAUCCGCUUGCACUAGGCUUCAAAUAUGUCGAGAACUCCUCCCAAUCGCACGAAAAUGAAAUAACCCAGCAGCAAUUGAACAAAAAUAUCCUCUUAUGUACGUUCCGUGCCGCUGGCUGGCAUUACUACAAGUACACAGUUGAUGGUACAAAUGUUAUUGUUGUGAAUUUAAUAUCCAUCGUUUUCUUUACAAUUUUCGACUUUUAUGUUUUGAAAAAUUUCCUGCAUUGGAAAACGUGGUUCACGUACGAAUCCUCAAUAUUCAUUCUUUGUUUGACAUCCACCAUCCCACUAGCAUUUUACAUUGGACAAGCAGUCGCAUCGAUCUCUGCUCAAACUUCCAUGGGUGUCGGUGCUGUCAUUAAUGCAUUUUUCUCGACCAUUGUGGAAAUUUUCUUGUACUGCGUUGCAUUGCAACAAAAAAAGGGUCUUCUAGUGGAAGGAUCCAUGAUUGGUUCCAUUCUAGGUGCCGUUCUAUUAUUACCAGGUUUGUCCAUGUGCGGUGGUGCUCUAAAUAGGAAAACUCAAAGAUACAACCCUGCUAGCGCUGGUGUCUCUUCCGCAUUGUUAAUAUUUUCCAUGAUUGUAAUGUUUGUCCCCACCGUUUUAUACGAGAUAUAUGGCGGCUACUCGGUAAACUGUGCAGACGGUGCUAACGACCGUGACUGUACUUUCUCGCAUCCUCCCCUGAAGUUCAACCGUUUAUUCUCCCAUGUCAUUCAACCUAUGUCCAUAUCUUGUGCCAUUGUUCUCUUCUGUGCUUAUAUCAUUGGCUUGUGGUUCACCCUUAGAACACAUGCAAAGAUGAUUUGGCAAUUGCCUAUUGCGGACCCAACCUCGACCGCACCAGAACAACAGGAACAAAAUUCUCACGAUGCACCCAAUUGGUCAAGAAGCAAGUCUACUUGUAUUUUACUUAUGUCUACGCUCCUGUACGCAAUAAUUGCAGAAAUCCUUGUUUCCUGUGUUGAUGCUGUCCUAGAAGAUAUUCCCUCCUUGAAUCCAAAGUUUCUAGGUCUCACCAUUUUUGCUCUGGUCCCCAAUACGACAGAGUUUUUGAAUGCCAUUUCAUUUGCCAUCCAUGGUAAUGUAGCGUUAUCAAUGGAAAUCGGUAGUGCUUAUGCUUUACAGGUUUGUCUUUUACAAAUCCCAUCCUUAGUCAUUUAUUCCAUUUUCUAUACGUGGAAUGUUAAAAAGUCGAUGAUUAAUAUCAGAACACAGAUGUUCCCAUUAGUCUUUCCCCGUUGGGACAUAUUUGGUGCUAUGACGAGUGUUUUCAUGUUCACCUAUUUGUAUGCUGAGGGUAAAAGUAACUAUUUCAAGGGUUCCAUGUUGAUAUUACUAUAUAUCAUUAUUGUUGUAGGAUUCUACUUCCAGGGAGCUCUUUCGGAGUAG